CCACUUGCAUCAGUUUGGCAUUAAAGAAGCGCAUGCGCGAUGACGUUUCACAUCAAAACAAUAUGGCGGCGUCCUUACAGCGUCUUGGGGCAGCUGGGAAGCACAUUGUGAAGAGGAAUUUAUACAAAACAGCUACAUUCACACGGCAUAAUGUUGCCACUAAACGGAGCGGGAGCACCCAAGCUGCUAGUCAUGUGGUCUUAAACGUGCCUGAAACUAAGGUCACCUCUUUGGAGAAUGGAUUACGAGUGGCCUCCGAGAACUCCGGAUUACCAACCUGCACCGUGGGCCUGUGGAUAGAUGCUGGGAGUCGCUAUGAGAACGCGAGGAACAACGGCACGGCACACUUCUUAGAACACAUGGCCUUUAAGGGGACGAGGAAGCGCUCCCAGCUGGACCUGGAGCUGGAGAUCGAGAACAUGGGGGCCCACCUGAACGCCUACACCUCACGGGAGCAGACCGUCUACUACGCCAAGGCCUUCUCCAAGGACCUGCCCCGGGCUGUGGAGAUCCUUGCUGACAUCAUCCAGAACAGCAUGCUAGGGGAGGCGGAGAUUGAGCGCGAGAGGGGCGUCAUCCUCCGAGAGAUGCAGGAAGUGGAGACCAACCUACAGGAAGUGGUCUUUGAUUACCUGCAUGCCACGGCCUAUCAGGAGACUGCUCUGGGCAGGACCAUCCUGGGCCCCACCGAGAACAUCAAGACCAUCAACAGGGGGGACCUGGUUGAGUACAUCACCAGCCAUUACAAGGGACCCCGGAUAGUCCUGUCAGCAGCUGGAGGUGUGAGUCAUAACGAGCUGAUUGAUCUGGCCAAGUUCCACUUUGGGAAGCUUCUAGCGGCAGAGAGAGAAGCUCCGCCUCUUCCUUUAUGCAAGUUCACAGGAAGUGAGAUCCGUGUCCGUGACGAUAAGAUGCCGCUGGCCCACAUAGCGGUUGCCGUGGAAGCGGUGGGCUGGUCUCAUCCUGACACCAUCCCCCUCAUGGUCGCCAACACCCUCAUUGGCAACUGGGACCGCUCGUUUGGAGGGGGCGUGAACCUGUCCAGUAAGUUGGCUCAGCAGGCCUGCCUGGGGAAUCUCUGCCACAGCUUCCAGUCUUUCAACACCUGCUAUACCGACACCGGCCUCUGGGGGCUCUACAUGGUGUGUGAGCCGGGCACCGUCGAGGAGAUGAUGCACUACACGCAACAGGAGUGGAUGUUCCUGUGCACGGCUGUGAGUGAGACCGAAGUGGACCGGGCCAAGAAUCUCCUCAAGACCAACAUGCUGCUUCAUCUGGACGGCUCCACCCCCAUCUGUGAGGACAUCGGCAGGCAGAUGCUCUGCUACAACCGCAGAAUCCCCUUACAUGAGCUGGAGGCUCGCAUAGAUGCCAUCAGUGCUGACACAAUCAAGGACGUGUGCACCAAGUACAUCUACAACAAAGCCCCCGCCAUCGCUGCAGUUGGCCCGAUUGAGCAGCUGCCCGACUACAACCGCAUCCGAAGUGGCAUGUACUGGCUUAGGACCUGAGAGAGCGGAAGCGGCUACACACACACACCUAACACAGGACACACACACACACCUAACACAGGACAAGAUCAAUGUCAGAUCUGCUGUAGAGGUGGUUGCUAGGGAGUCAUAUGUGAUGUCAUCAACCAUAAAAGCUAGUCACCUGACACCAGGAAAUAUGUGUGUGUGUCUUACAAACAUCUGUUUAUGUAAAGAGACCAGGAGAUAUGUGUGUGUAACAAACAGAUGUUUGUAAGUCACACACACACAUAUCUCCUGGUGUCUUAACUUUUACAAACAUCUGUUUAAGUAAAGACACCAGGAGAUAUGUGUAUGACUUACAAACAUCUGUUGAAGUUAAGAGACCAGGAGAUAUGCGUGUGACAUACAAACAUCUGUUGAAGUUAAGACAGUAUUUGUUUUCUGUAGAUUUACUUUAAAUUUUAUUAUAAAAUAAAGACCAACACAAUAAUUGUUAAAAGAA